AAGAGGAGGCGAUGAAGGCCCGCACGGAGGGGGAGGGGAGCUUCCGCCCUUCCCCGAUCCCGCCCUCGUAUGCCCGCGCCGCACGUGCCUCGAGGCUCUCGGGCGCACGGACGCACGCGUGGGGUUGGGGCGGGCGGCACGACGUGGGGGGCUCGCUCGCUAGCUUCCCUGUCGCCUUGUGGGCGGUUGACCGGAGCGCCAUCGCUUCCCCGCAGCGAAGAAUCUCGAAGCCGGAGUUGAGUUCCCGAAACGGCCCCCUUCUCUUCUCCCCCGCUCCCGAGCGAUGUAUCGGGUAGGAUCGUGGUUUCGGGAAAGUUGGGAGGCAGUUAAGGAAAGAAACAAGAGAAUGGAGUCAGCUUGAUGGCGAGGGAAGGAAAGCUUGGCGGGGAGGGGGAUUAAUCAGCUAAAAGAUUUGGUACUAUUUUUUUAGCGGACGUGACGGGGGAUUGAAUUCGAGUUAAGGAGCAUUGAAAUCCAGGCUGUGGCGCUCUCAUUUAUCGGCUCUCUGCCUCUCUCUCUCUCUCUCUCUCUAUCUCUCUCUUCCGCAGCUUUGUUUACCCAGCCAUCCACCCGCCGACGAAAGAAGAUAGGGUCGAGACCUCCGGCGAAGGCCAGCGGGCGGCGACAGCGGUUCCUUUGCCUUGUUCACAGAAAGGUCGCCCUUUUGCCUUCUUCUCCUGCUUGGUUUUCCUCCACCGACAACUGGGGAAACCCUAAUUGGUGGCGAGCUUGGAGCUGCCCGCCGGCGGAGACCGUUGGGAAUAGAUUGGCCGAGAUCCGAGGCAGGCCUUUGGCUUAACGGAGGCUUCCUCGGAUUCGUGGCGCCGCUUUGUUCACGUUGUGGUCUUAGAGGGUUAGAUGCCCUUUGGAGCUGGGAAAGUUGAUGCCUCCCGAGCCAUCACCUUGGGAUCGGAAGGAGUACGCCUUCAAGGACCAGAGGAAGCACGAAAGAGGGGAUGCCCUAGGCGGCGGUGGCGGCGGCUCCUCGUCUGCUUCGCGGUGGAAGGACCCCUACCAUGGUGGUCCCCGUGAUUUGCUCCGUGCCUCUCCUCGACGACCCUUCUCAAGUCAUUGCCGGCAGGGCGGUGGUUACCACCAGGUUCACCCGGACGAUUCCGUCGGACAUGGGUGCACACCUUCGCGGUAUGAAAGAUUUUGGUCCGAGGACGAUGGCUAUAGGCCCGCUUCUGUCAGACAUGGUGGCUGCUACCGCACCAGCAGCAGUGGAAGCAGUAGGGAGAACCGGGGGUCGUUCAGACGAUCCCCAUGUUGGGAUUCUGGUGACUUCUCGAGGCAGCACCGUCAUGAUCCUCAUGCGACCCCUUUGAGGUCAGUCGCAGCUCCGAUCUCUUCCACAUCUCAAAUCCCCCUGAAAGAACAGAAUGAUAAGACUGGUGGUGUCGAUGAUGGCUUGGGCACAGGCCACAUAUUCGAUCAUCGAGAUCAUUCGUUGGGUUCCAUACCCUGGAAGAAGUGGAGCCGCCCUGGUAGUCUAGGCUUUACGAAGACAAGCAGAUCUGAGUCAGAGGAGGCAUGCCUGGAGGGGGUGUUGCCCUCGGGAAAGGAAAACCCAAUCCAGUCUCUGGUAACUCUUACUCUCCCUCCUGAUGAAGUUGCUCCGAGGAAAAAGCCCCGACUUGGAUGGGGCCAGGGGCUGGCUAAGUAUGAGAAACAAAAGGUAGAAGGAUCUGUAGAAACUUCUGUUGGUGGUAGCAAGGGGUCUUUAAGUGAUGACAGCCAAAAAGUUACUAGUAUCUCUGGAUGUCUGUCACCCACGACUCCAUGCUCUGCUACUUGCAGUUCAUCACCAGGCACAGAAGAUAAGCUUUGCAGCAGGACUGUGAAUGAUUAUGAUGGUAUGAAUCAAAACAGUGAUUUACCUGGAUCCGCAUUUCUAUCUUUCUGUGAAGAAAUUUCUAAUAAUUUGGACCAUUUGGAAGUCAAUCCCAUCAGAUCCCUAGAUUCUCUGCUCACUGACUUGUUUCAAUCUGUGGAUGCCUUCUCUGGUGAUUCCACUUUCUCAAGGGAUUCUGCUAUGAACAAAUUAUUGAAACUGAAGGGGAGUAUUUCUAACGGAUUGGAAAAGAUAGAAUGUGAAAUUGAUUUGUUGGAAAAAGAGCUCAAGUCACUGAAUUGUGAUACUAAAACUGAUUCUUACCAAAGUUCCGUCAAGUUAGCUAAUGAUUCUGCUUCGGAAGCUUGCAUACAGCCAUUGGCUGGUUUAUCAGAUGAAUCUAACCCUUCAAAGGAUCAAAAGGUAGAAACUAUCGAAGUGGCAUUUGUUGAAGAGCAUGUGCCCUGCGGUAGUCUUGUCAAACAUGACAAUGUAAUUAAAGACAUUUAUAUUAUUAAUCCAGAAACAUUAUCGUCUAAAUUUCACUUAGCCAUUGAGAAAUUGUCUGAAAGCCCCUUGCUGAUCAAGGAUGAAAAAUUGAAGGUUACUGAAUUGCAGCAGAUUGUCGACUCAGAUUGUGGGGAGAGGAUAAUGGUUGCAUCUGAAGAUGGGAAUAGAAAUUGUGGAGAUGGAGACUGUAGCAGUGUUCAUGUAAGCUUUGAUGAGGCCACGCAAGGAAAGGACUCUAAUUUAAUAACUUCAAUUAUAGAUUCUAAUAUGAAUGCUGCCAAAUGUGCCUCGAAGGUGUUCGGCACAGCUUUUUCAACAAAUCCCCUCCUGUCAGAUAUCUGGGGAUUGGUUAACUUCACAUCAUGCCGGAAGAAUGACCUGAAAAUCAAAGAAAAACUUGCUACUCGUAAGUGCCAACUAAGAUUCAAAGAAAGAGUCCUUAUUCUUAAAUUCAAGGCACUGCACCACUUAUGGAAGGAGGAUUUGCGGUUACUGUCCAUCAAGAAAGUUCGCACAAAGUCAAGCAAACGUUUUGAACUUAUGAGCCGCUCAUCACAAAAUGGUUCUCAAAAGCAACGUUCUUCAACCCGGUCACGGUUUGCAUCACCCGUAGGUAACUUAACUUUGGUUCCUACAACAGAAAUAGUGAACUUUACAAGUAAGUUGCUGUCAGAUGCACAGAUAAAGCUUUGUAGAAAUAAUUUGAAGAUGCCAACACUAUUAUUAGAUGACAAGGAGAGAAAAUACAAUAAGUUUGUUACACAAAAUGGGUUAAUAAAAGAUCCUCCUAGCUUUGAGAAGGAAAGAGCAAUGAUAAAUCCAUGGUCAGAGGAUGAGAAAGAUAUUUUCAUGGAGAUGCUUGCCAGAUAUGGUAAAGAUUUCACCAAGAUCUCUUCAUCUUUGAACCACAAAACAACAGCAGACUGCAUUGAGUUUUAUUAUAAAAACCAUAAGUCAGAAAGUUUCAAAGAAGUGAAGAAAUGGUUGGAUCUAAGAAAGCAGCAGCAGCAGUGCUUACCAGCCAACACCUACCUUGUAGCAUCGGGAAAGAAGUGGAAUCAUGAGAUGAAUGCCUCUUCUCUUGAUAUGUUGGGUGCAGCAUCGGCUGUCGUAGCACAUGAUCAUUGCAGUUCAAAGAGUGAAAAGUAUGCUGGUAGUGCUGUCUAUGGGACCUGUAAUGAUAUGAAAGUAUCUUAUGGGUCUUCUUAUUUAGAAGGGGAAAACAGUGUUGACGUAUCAGGGCAAGAAAGAGACUUUGUGGCUGCUGAUGUGUUAGCAGGCAUUUGUGGUGCUCUAUCCUCAGAAACAAUGAGCUCAUGUGUUACCAGCUUUAUUCAUCCUGCCGAGAGAAUAAACCGCAUUACAAUGGACCAGCUCUUGACCCCAGAAGUUACUCAGAACCUAGAUGAGGAGGAAGCCUGUUCAGAUGAGGGCUGUGAAUUGGGAUCAGCUGAUUGGACAGAUGAGGAGAAGUCUAUAUUUAUCCAAGCCUUGGGCACAUAUGACAAGGAUUUCACUAAGAUCUCAAGUUGCAUGAGGACAAGAUCAAGGGAACAAUGCAAGAUUUUCUUCAGUAAGGCUAGAAAAUGUCUUGGUCUUGAUGUGAUUCGUCAAGGUACUGUCCUCGGGGGUACGCCAUUGAGUGAUGCAAAUGGAGGAAGGAGUGACACUGAUGAUGCUUGUGUUGCCGAGAUGGAUUCUGCAAUCUGCAGUACUCAAUCUUGUUCCAAAGUGGAUGUGGAUGUCUCCCAGUCUGUGGCAAACACCAGCUAUGAGGGAAUUGCUCAUGCUGCAGGCAACCCUUUCCAUGCCGAAACUGAUAGAUCCAAUGAACAGGAUGGGGAUGUAUUUCCAGGACCUAAUCUGGUGGGUGGUGACGAGAAGGUCAAUAAUAAGAAGGUGUCUAUUUUUCAUGAUGAUAAGCUGGCAAGCCAGGGGGAUAAUCUUCAAUCUAAGACUCAUCCAAAGGAAAGCAUUGCUGCUGGCUUGGGAUGUGCUGAAGCUAUACAACUUUGUGAGGUUGCAGAUUCAGCUGACAGAGAAACAAUAGUUGGGGGAAGUACUAAUGUUGUUUCUCCAAAUGUCUCGAUUCUUACAAUAGGAAAAACUGAGCCUGUUGUUGAAGCAUGUUUGGAAGUAGAGUCAACAAAGUCAACUUCUAGUACAGUCUGUAAUGUGGAUACCACUGGAGGUUCUCCUGCUGAGGGCUUGAAAGUGGUAGUAAAAACUGAAGCAUCACUGUCCAGCAAGGUUGGGUUGUCAAAAAAAAAUACGACAAACAUCAACCUCAAAGCAAAUGGAAAGGGCCUUCUUUGCUGUGGGCCAGAUUCUAAUGCAAGUGCUGCUGCCUUAUUCUCAGAAACUGUGGCUAAUGUUUGUCAUCUGGCCUUUGACCCCAGAUGUCAGCAGCAGAUACAACUGGAUCUACAGCAGCGCAAACUGAAGCAACCACAGGCCAUCCUGUUGAAGCAGGAAAAUGUCCAUCAUGUACCAUUGAAUUCAUUGUUGCCAGAUCCAUCUUCUAUUUGUUUUGGGGGCACCCUUAAUGUAUCAUCUGAGACUACUUUGAACUUUGAGCAGGGCAAUAAAUGGCACCAGAACCUGUUAAAAAGAGGUAUAUAUCAGCAGUAUAUGCCCAGAAAGCUGUCAGUGAACCAAGUUGACCGGAACAUGCAUAUUCUCAGAGGUUAUCCGCUUCAGGCACUGAGUCAAGACGUGACGAGGGAAGUGGACCUUACAGCAGGCGAGAAGUCAAGUCUGCUUGAAGCUGAAUGCAAGACGAAUGUAGUUCCCCAAUCAAAUCAGUUUUUCAUGUCAGGCAAGCACUGGAACGAAAACAAUCUUUUGCCUUCCAACUCUGGUAUACUACGUUCAUCAAGGAGUGAGAAUCAGUCGGAGGCUGAAAUUAGAACCUGUAUCAAGAAUGCUUCCUCUGAGAUCGAAGAACACAGAACUGGAGAUGUGAAACUGUUUGGUAAAAUUCUUAGUCAUACGUCUCCUUUGCCACAAUCGAGCUCUUCCUCCCAUGAAAGUAAUCCCAGAACCUCACCGGAGUUGGAUGGUUCUUCAACAACCAAUUGUGCCAGUAUCCGAAGAGACAAUAACCGUCUCGUCCCAAACAUUGGAAGUGGCCAAGUUGGCCUGGAGGCCCUGCCUGUGAGAACUUAUGGCUUCUGGGACGGGAAGAGAAUACAGACAAGGUUUUCAUCAUUGCCGGAGACUGCUUCUAUGUUGGCCAAGUACCAAGGAUCACUGACUGGUGUGUCACUUUAUUCAGCCAAAGAUGGUAUGCCUAGUGGCAACGGAGUUCUAACAGACUAUCAGCAGUCUUAUGUUCAGCACCUGUCCUCAAACGGGAAACGGGUAGAGAACAUUUCUGAGUUGCAGAAGAGGAAUGGAGGAAUCGAGAUGGUCUCUGGGUUUCAGCAGCAAGGCAGGGUAGCCCCUCUGGGUGCAAAAAACAUGAUGGGGGGAGGAAUCUUGGUCGGUGGUGGUGGAGGGGUGUCCGACCCGGUUGCAGCCUUGAAAAUGCAUUAUGCUGCGAGGGCGAGCACCCUCAACAAUAAUAUUGAAGCAUGGCGGGCAGACAUGGGAGACAGGUAGCACGAGGCUGGUUAAAUAUAGGCGAUGUUAGGGGCGACUCCCGGUGGCAGAAAGAUGGUGGCCGUAUAGGUUGGGCAAUGAGGCGCUGCUCUUGCGCCUGUCUGUAUCAUAUUUACUUUUUUGUAACUCCAAUGGAAUCAAACAGGUGAGUAGAUUUGCAUUCCUGUCCAAAUUGUCAUCUGAUCUCCAUUUUCUAUUUUCGUUGUUACGCUUUUUUAUUUCUACCCCUUCAGUAGGUUAAAAGGUUAUUAGCCCUUUUUUUAAGUCUUUUUGGUCAUAAGGGUGAAAAAAAUCAAAAGUGGCAGGAAUCAUUUUCAUGCACUGACAUGAUUUGGAUUAACAGAAUAGUUUGAAGGAUGAGAGAUAAAGCAGGGACAUACAGUGACGUCAAUGUAAUGAGUUGUAUGUUUCACGUUCAUCACUCUCCUGUAUUAGUAGUUACGUUGUUGUUUAAUUACUAUAUUUACUUACAUGAAUGUUUAAUGGAGGGUUUUUUUUCUUCA